AUGAUCAUAUCGAACGAUGAGAGUAUCACUUGUUUGAAAUUGCCCAAAGAGGUGUGGAUGUUUGGAGUGUUGGAAUAUCUUUCACUUGUGGAUGUUGUGUUUGGAAUCGGAAGAACAUGUAAAUUUUGGAGAUGUGAUAUUGCUAAUGAGUGGAUCAUGAGAAAGAUGAAACAGUGGGAGAAAAUGAGUUCAGAGAGUUCCUCAUCUUUUUCAUCCUCAACUACCUCGGCUAGCUCAUGGUUUAAUUAUGAUCAAUUUACUUAUGGAAUGCUAAAAGCAUGUCAAUCUCAAUUCAAGAUGAAUGAUUCAGAAGAGGAAGAAUUGAAAGAAAAUCAUAGGUUGUUGAUUGAUCUAAUUUCACCUAACGUUUUGAAGUACUGUUUGAAAAUUUAUAUAUUGGAUUUAGUUAUGAAAUUUAAUGCUCAGUGGGCCCAAGUUGGAAUUAUUGAAAUGGCUAAAUGCAACACAGCAAAUAAUCUUUCUACAAUGAACGUCAUUGAUAGUUCCAACAUGUACACAAAGAUUUUUACACACGAAAUGGAAUGCCUUAAAUUCUAUUUCUCACACUUUACACAGUGUGUUCCCCAAAAGACAGACACUGAAAACUCCCAAAUGAUAUCAUUGGUCAGUCAAAUAUUCUCUCACAAAAACCAACUCAUCGAUCUUUCAACUCAUAUUGACAAUAUCAAAACAUUAAUCAUUGGCGAUGGGGGUAUUGGAAAGACAACAUUUUGUAAAUCAUUAAGUGACACAAAUUUUGACCUAUCCCAAAAAUAUAUCCCUACCAUUGGAGCAGAAACAUAUAACUUUACGUUCACCAUUGCUCCCAUAAGUGAAGACUCUAAUACUCGUCGUAGUAUCAAAAUGACUCUAUGGGACACGGCUGGUCCUGAAAAAUUUGGUUCGCUUAGAGACGGCUAUUAUGUGAAUGCAAAAUAUGCAAUUAUUGCAUUUGAACUGACCAGUCGAUGCUCCUAUAAGAACUUACCAUCAUGGAUCAGAGAUGUUAAAAGAGUAUCUCCACAAUGUGAAAUUAUUAUUGUGGGAACAAAGAGCGACUUACCAAGAAAAUUAUCCCUAAAAUCGCUCCCUUUUUUUACUAAACGAUUCCUCCCAUAUUUUGAGAGUAGUUCCAAGGUUAUUCCCCAUUUUAAUAUUGUUAUUCCAUGGUAUUUUGCUUUACUGGACACUUGUGUUUCUUGUUUUGUCAAGAAUGGAUCACAAUAA